ACGAGUGUAAGGCUGAAUCUUUCGAUCGGAAAAUAGAUCAGUAUCUUAGAUGUCUUAACGCUAUUGUUGAUUGUAAACAUGAACAAAAUAAGAAACAGGAAAAGGCAAAGUUGCUUCUUAAGAGAUAUAAAGAGGGUGAUCGAACUGGACCAGAUUACCAAUCUGCUAGGAAAUGGAAGAAUGAGCGUGAUUCAGCUGGUACAAUAGGUCCCUCGUUUCAACUUUAUAAUCCAACCUUUACAGGAGACGUAGUGGGAAACCUGAUGGGAACUGGGAGUAUCAGUGGAACUUCUUUUAAUUCGUCAAAAAGGGACAAAUAUGAAGAAAAUGAAAAGGACAGUAGCAAAGUUCAAAAAAGAACGAAAAUAGAUGAUUAUUUCUUGGUGACUUCCCCACUUCAGCAUGAACAAGAUCAACAUCCUCGAACUCCUGAACACCGAAUCUACUCGGCAAGUGAUUUCGUGUCUUCUAGGAUUCAAGAGGACAAACAACAACAGAGCAUUGACAAGAAUCAUUCUGGAAACAUUCUUCCUGAUGGCACAAAACUAAUGAGACCACCACCAGCACCAGAUUUCAUUUCGUUAAAAUUGGAAAUUGUCCUCGUUAAAGACAUUUUUGCUAAAAAUUUAUCUCAACAUACUGAAAUGUUAAAAAAUAAAAAUAAGUUGACCGCAGAAGAGAAGGCAACCUUAAGAUAUGGAGUAUCAAGAGUUAUUGAUCUUUCGGCUCAUAUGCGAGUAUGGUUUACUGAAAUUGAACGUCAGGAUAUAAUGAAGGAUUACGAAGAAAUUCUUAAAAUUCCCGAAUUGACAGAAGACAUUAAUAAGUUCAUUGCAAAGAUAGAAAAAAUGGUAAGGGAAGGCGAUGUUAAUGGGGCACAUAAAUAUUGUCUUAAUCAGCAUGCAGAUGCAUCAGUCAAUACGUGUCUACAAAAUAAUCUCUACAAUGUUAAAGAUGGAAAUGAUCUGUUAUAUUGUGGUGGUGAGCAUCACACUGAAAUCGAUGUUAUUGUAAAAACAUGUGCUUACAUUGUCAAUGGACUGCAGAAUGGAACUGGAAUACAUUCUAAAUGGGGAGAGUCAUUCUGUCCCUUGAGCCAGUCCGCUAAUCAUGAAAGAGGUAGGAAAUGUGAUGUCCGAUUUUUAAGUCAUAUGGGAAUAGAUCUUGGUGAAUGGGAGUUUUCCGCUCAAGCAACUCCAACCAAAACAAUUGAAGAUCGUUGUCGCUCAGCUAGAAUAAACCAAUCAAUUUUGAAUGGCCUGUUGAGCAAAGAUUUAACUGACACACAAGUGGAUAUGAUCAAGGUUCCAUAUUUACAAAUUGCCGGUGUUUUUGGACAACUAUUGGUGGAAGACUUGGUAAAUGGCUUUUAUAUCGUUUAUCCUGGACCAAUAUUUGAGAUACCAACAAAAUUGAUUCACAUUAGAAAAUUAAAAUCAGCGAUAAUAUCUUUUAAGCAUAUAAUGGAAAUGUAUAAAAAAGUCAACGAAGUGUUUGAUGAGUUGAACCAUAGUCGGAACUUACUUGAAGACAUUUUCAAAGUUGAUGGCGUUAAAUCAUCACAACACAAUUCACGCAAAUCAGUAUUUAUCCAUAAGCCAUGGUGGUCACCAAAGAGCCAAUCUCAAAAAUCUCAAGUAUUAACUGCAAUUGAAGAGAUGGAAAAGUAG